AUGAAGUUCUCUACGACUCUCGCUGCCACUUCCACCCUCGUUGCGUCCGCAUACGCUGCGCCUGCUACCCGCUCCAACCGCAAUGUCGCCCGUGCAAUGGAUGUCACUGGCGCCACGAGCCGUAACAGCACAUUCAACUUGGCGUCUACUGGCGAGACCUAUGGCGCGGCAUACUUCAUCACGAACGAUCCCACGGGGAACUACGUCGUCGCCGCCGACAUCAACGCAGAUGGCUCUCUGACUUUGGCUUCCGCGGUAGCCACAGGCGGGCUCGGCGAGCACGGUAACGUCACCGGCGCAGACCCCCUGUACUCUCAAGGCGCGGUCGUCGUGAACACGAACACCAGCAUGCUCGCUACGGUCAAUGCCGGAUCCAACACGAUCUCGCUCUUCUCGAUCGACCCCUCAUCCCCUUCCACACUCACGGCUAUUGGCGCACCCGUAUCAUCUGGCGGCGAGUUCCCGCAGAGCGUAGCCUUCAACGCCGCGGGUGACAAGUUGUGCGCUCUCAACGGCGGUUCAAUCGACGGCGUGCAAUGCUACUGGGUAAACGCAACGACUGGUCUCAAGCCGAUCACCAACAGCCGGCGGUACAUGGGCUUGAACCAGACAUCUCCAGCAACGGGUGUCGCGGGCACCGCAUCCCACAUCAUCUUCAGCGACGACCAGAACAGCGUGUACGCCGCGACCAAGGGCAACCCCGCCGUCAACACGACUGGCUACAUUGCCGCAUGGGACAUCUCCGACGCCGGACUCAGCGAGGAGGCGUACCGUCUCGGCAUGCCGACGGGUGGUAACUUGCCUUUCAGCAUGGGCGUUAUCCCCGGCACCAACGGCUCUCUUCUCGUGACGGACGCUGCCAUCGGCUACAACAUCUUCGACUUCUCCAAGGGCGUCCCCGACUCGCUCGCCAGCAACGCGACGCUUGCCGUUCCCGUCGAAGGUCAGGGUGCGGUGUGCUGGAACGCAUACAGCCCGAAGACCGGCAGCUUCUACAUCUCCGACUUCCUCACGAACCUCAUCACCGAAGUCGCCGUUGACCCGACGACGCUCAACGCGACGCAAAUUGCACAGUACGAGACCCAGGGCAACGCGGGCCUCAUUGACCUCGAGGUUGCAUCCUUCGGCGGCAACGACUACCUCUACGUGACGAUGGGCACAGCAGCUGGCAUCCAGGUGUUCUCGCUCGACGCCCCGGGUCAGGCUACGCGCGUGCAGUCGGUCGACCUUUCCGGCCCUGCCUUCGCUGUUGGUCUUGCGCUCACCGGCGAGAACAUCCAGGGCAUGGCGGUGUACGUCAAGCCGCAGUGA